UUUAUUUUUGUUGUCAAACAGCAAAAGGUAGGUUAGGAAGUGAUCAGAAAUUUAUUAUAUUUCAGGUAGUUCUUUUCACAGUACCACUGUUAUCUAUGCACAGUACUUUCAAAAUAUACAAUGGCAUCUGAAUGCCAGAAAGUUAAAGAAAUCUUUGAUGGAUAUAAUAUACCUCUUUCUCCAGAAUGGUUGGAAAGUUGUAUUGAAUGGUGCAAAAGUGGAAAUCUACCUCCAAAUCAUACAAUAAAGGACCUUCAAAUGGUGGUCUUUCAGCAGUGGUUGUUUUUGGAUCUUAGAAUGGUAGAAAUAGCAAUACUUCCUAGAAAUUUAUCCCUUGAAAAGAAGUUUCUCCUUACAGGAAAAUAUCCAUUGCAGAUGAUACAAAUUACUGAUAUAUCCAAACCAAAAUUGUGGCAAAUUCAAAAAAUUCGGAGUAGUUCAGCUAAAAAUACUGAAGCAGAUAAUGAUUUUGGAAAAAGGGUACUACAACUUACUUUAACUGAUGGUGUACAGCAAGUUGAGGCAAUGGAAUUCAAACCUAUUCCAUGUCUUAAUUUAAAUUUACCACCAGGUGUAAAAAUCCAGAUUGUUGGUCCACUAAUGGUUCGAAAUGGGAGAUUAAUGUUGGAAACCCAACAUGUUAAAGUUCUUGGUGGUCAUGUUGAAGAAGAUAGAGUAAAAUAUGCAGCAGAAAAUGUUCUUGCCAGAGCCCUUGGAUUAGAAGAAAAUCCAGAUCCGUACAUAAUAAAUGAAAAUAUUUUAGAAGCAGUUGAACGUACAGAAAAUACUCAGUUAAGAAAUAUUUCAACAACACAGGAUUUAAAUCCACAAAAUCAAAUUAGAAAAAAUGUAAGAAACAAUCGUAAUACUAAUAGUAGCAAUAAGCCAGUAGCAGUUGUUCAUCCACAAAUUCCACCUGACUUUGAAGUAGAUGAUGAACUUUUGCAAGAAUUAGAAUGUGGUAAUCUCAAUGAAAUACCUCUGCAGCACUCAAGUGCACAAAAAAACAGGCGUGUUACUGAUAGCUCUAGAAAUCCACCUAUUUCAGAAGAAAGGAAUGUUCACUGUAAAUCCCCUGAUCUUUUUGAUGAAGCAAACAUUGAUGAAGAUUUACUAAAUGAUCAUUUGGAUAAUAUAGAUUUCGAAAGUGAUGUUCUGGAAGGUACAAACUUAAACAAAGUGAGAAAAGAUGUAAAUAAUUCUGGUACAAGUUUAAAAGUGAGUGAUGGUAAUAAAGAAUCAGAAAAUGUUAUAACUAUACAUGAUAGUUUUGAUGAUAUUGAUAUAGACUCACAUUUGGAUAAUAUUGAUCUAGAAAUGGCACAUUUACCUAGCAGUACUCAAAUACAAAUUACUUCACCCGUUUUGAAGAAAAAAUCUCGUUCUUUAGAAUCUUCCAAUAUAAAAUCAUCGAAUAUGAGUGUGAAGAACCUUCAAAAAACUUCCAAGACAGUGGCACAAACUACACUUAAUUUUGAAAAAUCUACUUUACUUGAUACAAGCUCAACUAAUACUGAUAAAUAUUCUCCUGUUAGACCAGUUUUAACGGAAACUGAAAGUAAUAUGUCGAAAACCUCUCCAAAAAUCAAUAUUUUGCCUAUAGAGAAAUUAAACCGAAUGGUUCCAAAUAUUGGCAAAGGCAAGUUUAAAAUAAAGGCAAAAUUUAAGAAAGUUGUUGAGAAAAUGGUGACAAAAGGAAAUACUUAUAAUUUGGUGAUAAAAGUGGAAGACAGCACUGGUGAUAUGAUCGUGAGAGUUCACAGUGAUGUGGUUGAAAGUUUUGUGGGUGUACCUGCAAAUGAAAUUGAAAAUUUGAAGGAAUUAGUUUAUAAAGAUGACAAAGCGGCCAAAGACAAAAUUUUAGGGUUUUUAAGAAAGAUUCACGAAGCCUGUGUUUCUUUAAACGCUAUACUCGAAGUACACGUUGCCAGAGGUGAAGAUUAUCCAGUUUUGGCCAAGAUUAUUUCGGAAAAUCACUAGAAAUAUCACAAAUUUUUUAUAUAUGUUAGAUAUAUUUUUUUUGUAAGUCAAUUAAAUAUUAAAAAAAAAAUUAAAUAUAAUUUCUCUGCUACGUUAUUUAAUUAUGUUUUAAAAUGUAGAUAUAUUUAUAAGAAAUUUGUUUUUAAGUAAUAAAUGUUUUUGUAAUAUUAGUGAUGUUAGUGUGAAAAAAAUUCUGGUAGUUUGAGCUUUUAAUAUUGAUAUUAAGAGGUGCCUCAUCAUGAUUUUCUAUUU